CUCAUCUCUCUGUGUGUUUCUUUUGUACCCUUUCUUCCUUUUAUUUCUUUCUCUCUAAUUGAACCAAAUAUUAUCUUUACCUCUUCAGUAGGCUUUUUCUUCCCCCUUUACGCUUUAUAUAUUUUUCUGCUUAGAGCCUCUUUUUGUCUUUCACUCUUCAAUUCUAUAACUUCACUGCUUAUAUUCAUGUUUCUUGAUUAGGAUAUACCUUUCUCCUCCUCCUCUUCUUCUUUAGCUUGUUUUAUUCUCCUCCUCUUCGACCAAAAACCUAAAAAACUAAAUAACUAUAAUGUCACUCGACAUGACAUCUUCGAUUUCCUCGGAACGUGUUUGUUACGUGCACUGCAACUUUUGCAACACCAUUCUUGCGGUUAGCGUUCCAUGCAGCAGCAUAUUUGCUGUAGUUACAGUAAGAUGUGGGCACUGCGCUAAUUUGCUUAGUGUUACUAUGCAAUCUUCACUUCAGGCUCUCCCCCUUCAAGAUCCACAGAAGCAGCAAAGACAACAGUCAAAUGUUGAAAAUGGCAGUAAAGCCUGCGGGUCAUCAUCUUCUUCCAAGUGCAACAGAUUUUCUGCCACUGAUUAUUCUCCUCAAAUUGGACCUCGAAUCUCUCCUAUUCGCCCACCGGAGAAAAGACAACGUGUUCCUUCUGCUUACAACCGAUUCAUCAAGGAAGAGAUCCAAAGGAUAAAGGCAAGCAAUCCUAAUAUUACUCACCGGGAAGCUUUUAGCACUGCUGCCAAAAAUUGGGCACAUUUCCCUCAUAUCCACUUUGGACUCAAGCUGGAGAGCAACAAGCAAGCCAAAUUGGACCAUGCAGUUGCAGGAGAAGGUCCUCAUAAAUCACUUGGUCUUUACUAACAUCAAAACUUGAACCAAAACUUCAAAACUUAUAUAUUUUUUUCAAGUUGUAAAAGUCUCUCCAAAUGACGUAUACAGUUUGGCUCUGUGGUAUCUUUCAUUUUUUUUUUUUUUUUUGCCUUUUUCAGUGUGUUCACUUUAUUUCAGGGCCGUGGGGUUCUUUGUUUGUGGCUAAAUAUCAUAUAUUCUAAUUAGCUACAUUCCAUGUUUACUCAAUAACACACACUUGCUCUUGUUACUUUUAUAAGUAUU